AGACAAAAGAACUGGCUUACUGGGGCUAUUUGGAAACCAAAAAAUCCCCAUUCCUUGGAACAUUUAAAGUUUCUGUAUGGAAUGUUGUGUAAGAACCAAACUGUGACUGAACAAAAUCGAAGUUUAUUAGUGGAAACAUUGAGAUCCAUAUCAGAAAUACUCAUAUGGGGUGAUCAAAAUGACAGCAGUGUGUUUGAUUUUUUCCUAGAGAAGAAUAUGUUAUCAUUUUUCUUGAGAUACAUAAGACAGAAGUAUGGAAGAUAUAUUUGUGUUCAGUUAUUACAGACAUUGAAUAUAUUAUUUGAAAAUAUUAGAAAUGAAACCUCUUUAUAUUAUUUAUUAUCUAAUAACCAUAUCAAUUCUAUUAUUGUACAUAAAUUUGAUUUCUCAGAUGAAGAGGUGAUGGCUUAUUAUAUAUCUUUCUUAAAAACAUUAUCUUUAAAACUCAAUAGACAUACGAUACACUUCUUUUAUAAUGAGCAUACCAAUGAUUUUGCAUUGUAUACAGAGGCUAUUAAGUUUUUCAAUCACUCAGAAAGUAUGGUGAGAAUAGCGGUUAGAACUAUUACAUUAAAUGUCUAUAAAGUGGAUGAUAAAGCUAUGUUAAGGUAUAUUAGAGACAGAACAGCUGCACCUUAUUUCUCUAAUCUAGUAUGGUUUAUUGGUAAUCAUAUAUUAACAUUAGAUUUAUGUGUUAGACAUGAUUCAGACCAUAGAAGUCGUGAUCGUCUAUCUGUAUUAGUAGCUGAACAUUUAGAUCAUCUACACUAUUUAAAUGAUAUAUUGAAUAUUGAUAUAGAUGCUUUAAAUGAAGUUUUAACAGAUCAUCUAUUAAACAGAUUAUUAAUACCACUAUAUGUUUAUUCUUUAACUAAACGUAAACGACUCUCUGUUCAUGAAGCACAGAGUGAUAGAAAAUACAUCAGUUCUGUUGUAUCUUUAUUUCUCCUGUCACAAGUGUGUUUGAUAAUACAGUACCCAUCAUUAAUACAGCCAUUAGCUGAUAUUAUAUUUCAUGGUGAAACAGAAUUAUCAUCAUCUAAUACUCAAUCACAUUCCCCUCAGAUGGUAAGUAGUUUAGAAAUAAAUAGAAAGAUAGAGUUUCGUCAACCAACAGAAUCAUUAGAGAAGACAUUAGCCAAUACUCAUCGUAACUUUAAGCAAGCAAGCAAGUCUAAUACUAAUACUGAGACGGUUCCAGAUAGUAGUAGUAGUGGUACUUCACAAUUUGAUACUGGUAGUCAGACGUCAGACAUAACCUCUGUAACAAGUCCAAUCAGUGAAGCAGCCUCUGCAGACACAGAUAUAUCUAGUCCUAACCAGAAUUCUACUGAUGAAGAAAAGUUAUGUCAAAGACUGACAUAUGUACCUGGUCCUGCUAAUUCACCUCCCAGAUUUUCUCUAGAAAAUAGGCCUUAUUUAGAAGCAAUAUUUAAUGAUUUAGAAUGUAGUGAAAAUGACUAUGCAGCUUUAUUUGCCCUGUGUAUGUUAUAUGCAAUUGGACAAAACGAAGGUUUAUCUCAGAAUGUGUUAGAUCAAGUUUUAAUGCCAACUGAUAAAUCUAGGAAACAUCAUUAUAAUGUGAUAUUAGUGGAAAGAUUAUUAAGAAUUAUAACUAUAGCAGCUCAAUCCAAUAGUAAAGUGAGAUUAGCAACAUUAGAAAUGACGAUAAAGCUAUUAAAACAGUUAACAUUUAAAGAGGAUACAUCUUAUUUACAAGAUAGACAUCUAGCUAGUGUAGAGAAUGCUAAAGAAAGGAGUACCCAACUACUGCGUAAUUUUUAUAAGAGUGAAGAAAUAUUUCUGGAUAUGUUUGAAGAUGAAUAUAGACAAAUGAAGAAUCGGCCAUUAAACGUGGAAUAUUUAAUGAUGGAUGCCUCUAUAUUAUUACCACCUACUGGAACACCAUUAACUGGUAUAGAUUUUAAUAAGAGACUUCCAUGUGGAGAGGUUGAAAGAGCAAGAAGGGCUAUACGAGUAUUUUUUCUGAUUCGUGAUUUAUCACUUACGUUGUUAAAUGAGAUAGAUAUUCAUCUACCAUUGACCAAAGAUGAAAAUUGUGUGAAAAUUAAUGAUGUCUUAGAUCUCAAUAACAGUGAUUUGAUUGCAUGUACAGUUUUGCUGAAAGAUAGACAAGAAAGGAGGUUUCUAGUUAUAGAUCCUGUACAGUUAAUAUUAGUUGAACCAGAUACCAAAAGAUUAGGUUGGGGUGUGGUUAGAUUUGUGGGAUUUUUACAGGAUAUUGAAGUGACAGGGGAUAAAGAUGACAGCAGAUCUUUACAUAUUGUGGUCCAUAAACCAUCCUCCACUCAACACUCUAGAUCACUCUCACUGCUUGCUGGUCGAUUUAUUUUUGAUGAUCAUAUACGAUGUAUGGCUGCCAAACAACGAUUGAUCAAAGGCAGAUUAAGAGCUCGACAACAAAAAAUGGCCACCAUUGAACGACUACUAGAUAUA